CCAACUCCAACGUUAGUAUCCAACAAAGCUGGGACACUAGAGAAUAUCUGGUCAUGUUUUGCCUCUCCUGAAAUGGACACACGUGCUUAAGUUGCAGUACCAGCAGGGGGCGAUAAUUCUUUAAAGCCCGCAGGUCUGAUCCACAGCGGUUUAUGAAGACUGCAGAGCCAUCAACAGAAUCUAUUCAUCAGACCAAACUGUGUAAUUGUAAUAUUUAUUUCCUCCAUAUUGAUCAAUUGAGGUAAAACAGAACAAGAGUAAAUAAAACAUCCUUGAAACCAACAAACACUGUAAUUCAUGUCAUUCUAAUAGCAUCCUGUUAAAUUUCAGGCACUGCUUAUGACGUGUCAUAAAACAUCCGACAGACUAGAAGAUAGAACUGCAUCCACCAACCACAACUGAAAACUAAUACUAAACACCAUUAAACUACUGAGGCCUGCGAUAAUAAGGCGCUGUGCUGUCACUCACAGCUGCACGAAGAGACAGAAAAACAGAAACGAGUCCUCUCCCUCUCUCCCUCGCUCUCUCACCCAUUCAGCAACAUCAGAAACAUGAAGUCUCUCUGUGCUGACAAAAACCCCAAAACAAAACAAAACAAAAAACUCUGUUAGUUUAGUGCGCGCUGUUACAGAGAACCUCUCUGUUAAGUUUUCUCCAAACCUUUUAAGGCAAAGCGGUGAAGUUAAGCUGUCAUGUGAACCCUGCUUUUUCAUGGUGUGCGGUUUCUGCCCGCGAGGGUUCACCCCGGGGUUACACAGCAGCAUCGAUUUCCUGCAGAGAGGAAGGCAAUAAGACUCAAACGUUCGAGACUGUUAGUUUGGAGAGAACAGAGGGAAGAAGCUGAAGCUGAGGCUGACUGACUGAAGUCCAUAAGAUGAUGAUGGAGGAAGAGGAGGACAAAGCGAAGUCUGCAGGAUCCAGCCGUCUGCCUGUGAAGAGUAACCGGUCCAAAGAACAACCUACAGACUUCAGCGAUGAACCUGGACCCUCAGACACAGAAAGUCGGAAGUCACAGACUUCAGAGAUCAGCUUUCUGUCUCAGAAGAGUGACCGGUCCAUCGGUAAACCCCCAGACUUCAGAGAAGAACCUGGACCACCACACACAAAGGGUCAGAGGUCACAGUCUCCAGUAUCCAGCUGUGUGUCUGUGAGGAGUGACUGGUCCAAAGAAAGACCUCUAAACUUCAGUGAUGAACCUGCACCAACAAAGUUCUUCAAUCAUGGAGCUCAGCUGACCAUAGGGAGGAAGAGGAGUGGUGUUUGUGAGGAGGAGCAGCUGUCCUGCUGUGCUUUGUGUCAGGACGUCCUGAAGGAUCCAGUCUCUACCAGCUGUGGACACUGGUUCUGCAGACAGUGCAUCUCCUCAUACUGGGACCAGUCUGCUUCAUCAGGAGACUCGUCCUGUCCCCAGUGUGGAGAAAGAUCCAGAAGCAGAGCUGGACUGCAGACAGCCAGUCAGAGCAGCUGUGUACAAAAUGUUGGUCUGCAGGAGGUUUUAGAUGAACAUAAGAUCAGUCUGAGGAGGAGAUGUGAACGUGUGACUGAAGGAAGUGAUGAAACAGGAAGUAGAACCCUCCUCAACAGGAUCUACACUGAGCUCUACAUCACAGAGGGACAGAGUGAAGAGGUUCAUACCCAACAUGAGGUGAGGCAGCUGGAGACAGCUUCCAAGAUGGACGCCCUCCAUGACGCUCCAAUCAGGUGCCAGGACAUCUUUAAAGCCUUACCUGACCAACAGAGACCCAUCAGAGUGGUUCUGACCAACGGCGUGGCUGGUGUUGGAAAAACCUUCUCAGUGCAGAAGUUCACUCUGGACUGGGCAGAGGGCUUGGAGAACCAACAUGUCAGUGUGGUGGUUCUGCUUUCAUUCAGGGAGCUGAACCUGAUCAGAGAUGAGCAGUACAGUCUUCUGGAGCUGCUCCAUGUUUUCCAUCCAACAUUACAGAAGGUCACAGCAGAGAAGCUGGCUGUCUCUCAGCUUUUGUUCAUCUUUGACGGCCUGGAUGAAAGCAGACUUUCAUUGGAUUUCACCAACAGGAAGCUGCUGUCUGAUGUCACACAGAAGUCAUCAGUCAGCCAGCUGCUGACAAACCUCAUCCAGGGGAAUCUGCUUCCCUCGGCUCUCGUCUGGAUAACUUCCCGACCUGCAGCGGCCAAUCAGAUCCCUCCUACAUGUGUCGACAGGCUAACAGAAGUACGAGGCUUCACUGACGCCCAGAAGGAGGAGUACUUCAGGAGGAGAUUCAGUGAUGAAGAGCUGUCCAGCAGAAUCAUCUCCCACAUGAAGACAUCCAGGAGCCUCCACAUCAUGUGUAGAAUCCCAGUCUUCUGCUGGAUCACUGCUACAGUUCUGGAGCACAUGUUGACUACAGAGCAGAGAGGAGAGCUGCCCAAGACCCUGACUGACAUGUACUCACACUUCCUGCUGGUUCAGACAAAGAGGAAGAAGAACAAGUACCACGAGGGACAUGAGACGAGUCCACAGGAGCUGACGGAGGCUGACAGGGAAGUUCUUCUGAAGCUGGGGAGGCUGGCGUUUGAACAUCUGGAGAAAGGAAACAUCAUGUUCUACCAAGAAGACCUGGAGCAGUGUGGUCUGGAUGUGACAGAGGCCUCGGUGUACUCAGGAGUUUGUACAGAGAUCUUCAAAAGAGAGUGUGUGAUCUUCCAGAAACCAGUCUACUGCUUUGUUCAUCUGAGCAUCCAGGAGUUUCUGGCUGCAGUCUACAUGUUCCACUGUUUCACCAACAGGAAGACAAAGGUGCUGAAGGACUUCCUGGGAAAAAAAUACAAAGAGUCAUCUCUGGAUGAAUUUUUGAUGGAAACACUAAUAAAAUCCUUUAGGAGUAAAAAUGGCCGCCUGGACCUGUUUGUCCGCUUCCUUCAUGGCCUCUCUCUUGAGUCCAACCAGAGACUCUUAGGAGGUCUGUUGGGUCAGACAGAGAACAGUCCAGGAACCAUCCAGACAGUCAUUAACAACCUUAAGGAGAUGAACAGUGAUGAAAUCUCUCCUGACAGAAGCAUCAACAUCUUCCACUGUCUGAUGGAGAUGAACGACCUCUCAGUACAUCAGGAGAUCCAAGUAUUCUUGAAGUCAGCUAACAGAUCAGAAAAGAAACUCUCUGAGAUCCACUGCUCAGCUCUGGCCUACAUGCUGCAGAUGUCAGAGGAGGUUCUGGAUGAGUUAGACCUAAACAAGUACAAAUCAUCAUUGGAUGGGCGACUGAGACUGUUUCCAGUUGUGAGGAAUUGCAGAAAGGCUCGACUGACUCAUUGUGUACUCUCAGACGCUCACUGUGAGGUUGUUGCCUCAGCUCUGAAGUCUAACCCCUCUCAUCUAAUAGAGCUGGACAUGAGUAAAAACAACCUGAAGGAUUCAGGAGUGAAAAUGCUCUCAGCUGGACUGGAGAGUCCAAACUGUCAGCUGAAGACUCUGAGAUUGAAGGACUGCUGGUUGUCAGUUAGCAGCUGUGAGUCUCUGCUGUCUGCUCUGGAUUCCAAUCCCUCCCAUCUGAGAGAACUUGACCUGAGUAAAAACAAUCUGCACGAUUUACAUGUGAAACAACUGUGUGGUUUUCUGGAGAGUCCACACUGUAGACUGGAGACUCUGAGACUGGAAGGCUGCUGUUUGUCAGAGAGCAACUGUACUUCUCUAGUGUCAGCGCUGAAAUCCAACCCCUCCCAUCUAAUAGAACUAGACCUGAGCUCUAAUGACAACAUGCAGGAUUCAGGAGUGAAGCAGCUGUGUGGUUUUCUGGAGAAUCCACACUGUCGACUGGAGACUCUGAGAUUGGAACGCUGCAGUUUGUCAGAGAUCAGCUGUGCUGCUCUCGUCUCAACUCUUAAAUCCAGACCCUCCCACCUGAAACUUCUGGACCUGAGUGAUAACAGGAACCUGCAGGAUUCGGGUGUGGAGCAGCUGUGUGGUUUUUUGGAGAGUCCACACUGUAGACUGGAGACUCUGAGAUUAAAGUACUGCAGGUUGUCAGAGAUCAGCUGUUCUCAUCUGGUCUCAGCUCUUGCUAAGUCCAACUCCUCCCAUCUGAGAGAGCUUGAUGUGAGCCACAACAACACACUAUUAGAUUCAGGAGUGAAGCAGCUGUGUGGUCUUCUAGGGACUCCACACUGUAGACUUGAAACUCUGAGACUGGGGAACUGCAGUUUGUCAGAAAUUAGCUGUGAUUAUCUGGCCUCAACUCUAAAGUCCAGACCCUCUCAUCUAAGAGAACUUGACCUAAGUGGCAAUAAGAAGCUGCAGGAUUCUGGAAUGCAGCAGCUGUGUGGUUUUCUGGAGAGUCCACACUGUCGACUGGAGACUUUGAGACUGGAGGACUGCAGCUUGUCAGAACACAGCUGCAGAUUUCUGGUGUCAGCUCUGAAGUCCAACCCAUCCUUUCUUAGAGAGAUGGACCUGAGCUCCAACUACAAACUGCAGGAUUCAGGAGUGGAGCAUCUGUGUGGUUUUCUGGAGAAUCCACACUGCAGACUGGAGACUUUGAGACUGGAGUACUGUGAUCUGUCAGAGAUCAGCUGUGAGCAUCUGGCUUCAGCUCUAAAGUCCAGCCCCUCCUAUCUGAGCGAGCUGCGCCUGAGAGGAAACAACCUGCAGGAAUCAGAUCUGAGGCAGCUGUCUGAGCUUGUGGAGAAUCCACAGUGGAGACUGGAGACUCUGGGGGUUGACAGGACGAUUGAACCUUCCAAUGAAAAAGCCUGUGACUCUGAGGAAACAUUGGAUAUGAACCCUUUAGCUGAUUUAUCUGAGGAUGACAUAGAGCCAGUUAAGCUGAUGUUGUUCCUGUCUGAAUCCCAGCCACCAUCAAGCUUCACACCUGAAGAGCAAACUGAAUCCACCCAAAUGUCCUACAGGUUCAGGUGUCCUGGUCCAGGUGUGUUCCAGUGUACUCUGACCAGACUGGUGUUUGUCAUGGCUCAGGAGGCGGAGCUGCUGUACCGGAAUGUCCAAUGGGAUGAGAGCCUCCUUCAACAAGCUGGAAAAACAGCUGCAGGGCCGCUGUUCAACAUCACAUGCUCUGAGGAUGCAGUCCGUCAGCUCCACCUGCCACACUGUGAAACAAAGGAGGCGUUGUGUGUUGAUGGCCUGCUGUCUGUCGCCCACAUCUUUGAUGAUGGGAUGAGCAUCUUGAAACCGAUGAGGAUCAACGACACGCAUGUGAUUGUGAACGUCUCCCACCUCUCUGCCUUUGGCCUUAUCUGGAAUUUUGUUAAAAAGUCCUUUAAAAUCCCAGAACCAGGCCAGGUUCUGCUGUUCCUCCGAUUUAAAGACACAGUGCCUCCAAAAAUCAACGUGUUUCUCCUGCAUGAAAGAAUCCAUCUGUCAGAGGUUAAAAAGCAACAAGGCAGUGAUGCUAAAUACAUUGAGACGUCUUCAGACUGCGUGCUUCACAUCGGUCAGCGUUACAGUGUCCACUGUGAACCCGAGGGCCUGAAGAUACAGCCGAACCACGCAGAGUUUUGGAACAAGCUUGGACCGAAUUACUAUCCAACAUUUGAGGUUUUCCUGACUGCAAAGCUGGAAGUUGUGACUCUGAUAGUCAAAGACCAAGAUGGAAAUGAAGUCUGGCGUCGUGAUGUGUUUGUCCCAGAAGAGGACCAAGUCUCACCAGAGGACGGCGCACACCAAAAAACAAAAAAAGAGGAGGAUAAGCUGCUGCCAAUCCGCUCAGAGUUUAUUGAAAGAGUGUCUGCAGAGGGUUUAAACAAAAUUGUAGAUAAACUCCUCGAGCGUCAAGUUAUUAUUGAUGCAGAGAUGGAGUCUGGGACAUCUGAGACAAAAAGCAGAGCAAAUAAAGUGCGAUGCAUAAUCGACACCGUGCGACGAAAAGGAAAUGACGCCUGCAGACAUCUGCUCGAUGUUCUCAAAGAGGUGGACCCAAGCCUUUUCAGAGUGCUCGUGCCAAAGCGAAGCCAAAACAACCUCUAAAGAAGCUCAUGAGCUGUGGGCUCUGAUGCUAAAGUCUCACGUUACUUAGUGAAAUCUUGAAAUGACGAGUUUUUGUAAUCACUCUGAAAGUGAUUCUCUUGAACAAACUUGGACUUGUUUGAAUGGAUGCUGAGCAGAAAAUCAGAUGGAGUUGUUAACAGUUUCAGUCUCGGAUGAAACUCACUGCUUCAUAAUGUUAAAGGUGUUUCUGUAAAGUUUAGUCAUUCUAGUUUUCUCUCACUAGAUGGCGAUAGAAGAUCAGUGAUGGAGGCAGAACUGAAAGUCACAUGAAAGAUUAAAAAAAUACCUCACACAUAUAGACAGGAAAUGUGCACGUUUACAUGUUGAUCAGUUUUAAACUGAUAGAAAUGCUAUUAUUAAGUUUUCAUUUUUACUCAAACUAUUUUAAAUAAUCCCAGAUUAAAUGGUAAAUGGACUGAUUCUUAUAUAGUCAAGUACUCAGAUUAACAAUAACAAUUUGAAGGUGCUUUAUUUUGGAAGGGAAAGGCUUGUGGUCUUCAAACUUUCGUGGUUUGAAGGAUUCUGGAUCAACUCUGCAAGUUUAUUUUUUUCAGUCUUGAUCAUCUGAAUCAAUCAAAUUAAUGUUACUGU